AUGGACGGCGCCGCUGAUUCCAAACACGGUAUGGGAGCCGCCAUCGGCGUCCUUGUCGUGGUCGUAUUCGUGGCCGUCAUGUCAUGCCUGUUCAGCCGCAUGUGCACGAACCGGCCGCCUCUGAACUACCCCGUCCGCGACUCUUUGCCGGAGCGACAUCCAGAAACAAUCCCAGAUGUAGAAGGAGGUCGACCAGACGCCGUCGGCAAAAGGAACGGCCUAAAGAAGCCCGUGCGCCCCAAAUUGGCCAAGCUCCAUGAGGGCGACUCGGGCUCGGACUCGACUCGUUCUUCUUGCUCCAUUUGUUUGGGCGACUACAAGGACAGCGACGUGCGGAGGUCUUUGCCCGGUUGCCACCAUGUCUUCCAUAGUAAGUGUGUGGACCAGUGGCUGCAGAUGCAUCCGACUUGUCCAGUUUGUCGGAGCUCGCCGAACCCGACCCCUCUUGCGAAGGCCCAUCAAGCGUCGACGGCACCGAGGAUCAGUUGA